AUGUCGAUCUCGAACGGCAAAACAUCUUCCGACAUCGAGAACGUCGAUUGGCAUUCGUCGGGAAUGCUAACUCACACCAGGUAUGGCUCCACCAGCAGUCAGGUGUCGCAGAGCAGUGGCGACAUAUGCCGUAUCUGUCACUGCGAAUCCGACACGCUGAACCCCCUGCUGACGCCGUGCUACUGCUCCGGAAGUCUAAAGUUCGUGCACCAGACAUGCCUGCAGCAGUGGCUGACUGCCUCGGAAACGAACGCCUGCGAGCUCUGCAAGUUCCCGUUUAUUAUGCACACCAAAAUCAAGCCAUUCAACGAGUGGCGCAGCUUGGACAUGUCUGGCGUAGAGAGGCGGCGCCUGUGUUGCGCGGUACUCUUCCACUGCGCGGCGGGCCUUUGCGUCAUCUGGUCGCUGUGCGUGCUGAUCGAGCGGGCCGCCGAGGAAGUGCGGCGUGGUCAGAUCGGGUGGCCCUUCUGGACGAAGCUGAUCGUGGUGACGGUUGGACUGACCGGCGGCGUCGUGUUCAUGUACAUCCAAUGCAAGCAGUACUUGAGCCUCUGCAAUCGUUGGCGAGCUAGAAAUAGAAUACUGCUCAUACAAAAUGCACCCGAGAAGAUUCACCCACCGCAGUCACCGCCGAUGCCACAGUUCCGGAGAGUGCGAACGGCGGCCACAUCUGGCCAGCAGUACCCGCAGCAGGCGAUCGGGUCGAUGGGCAUAAACGCGAUCGACAACGUGACUGGGGCCGGAGGCGGUGCCGGCAGUAGCGGUCAGCUAAUGAGCCGGACGUGCGAUCAACCACUCGGCACGGUGUCGUCGUCAUCCGGGGCAAACCACUGCGAGCUGCAGAUCAACCACCAGGGCCAGAUCAUAGCGGCGAACAUCGAAAGCACGUCGAUCGGGUACGAUCGCGACUGGACGCUGGAUGACAUCAGCCAGGUUUCGUUCAAACCCUGUCCGCAGGGCAGCGGCAGUCUGACGCCGAUGCCGUUUCACGAUUCGGUGCACAACAUUUGUGAGGCCAAUGGGAGUGGAGCUGGUGGUGGCAAUGGGAUCGCUACCGGAGGGGCCACCAACAGUCAGCAUCGUUACUCGACCGCAUCGAACACCUCCAACUCGCUGGCGUUGGACCCGCUACAAUCCGCCCAAGUUGGAGAACAAAUUUCGAUCAACAGCACGACAGCAACGGCCGCUGGCGGCGCAUCGGCAAAAGCGACCGAACUGGGUUUGUUUAAGUUAAGUACUGCUAGUGAGCGAAGUAGAAGUAGCUCACCGAAUGUCGCACCCGGCAGCACCGGAGUGGGACGUUACGCGAAUUCGGCCGUAUUCCUCGAGAAUCGUGAUAUUUUAAAUGAUCCUUCCUCGACGCCGGUUGAGGGCACGAUAACGGCUGCUGGCCACGUACCGUCGCCGUAUCCGAGUAAAGUCUAUCACCGCCACUCGACGGUCUUGGCUGGAAGUGGCCCUUCGCUGACAUCCUUUGCGAGAGCGGAUGUUGUUUCGCAAGGAGCAGUCGGCGGAGAUGAGAUUGGCCACCAUGAACCAAACAAAUCAUUCCGCCGUUACUCCGACACGAAACUGUUGCAGAAACAGUCACUCAGUUAUCCACAGGAACCGCUGGCACUGUGUGAGAUCGGAUCGCACACCAAAGAUCAGCUGCUGCUGAAUCCGAAAAGUAUAAUCUACGAUAUGAGUGGUUUACUCGGUGCACCAGUGGUGGUGCCGGUCGAUGCGGACGUGACCAUGGACGGCGGCGGCGGGGUGCACGGAAGUGCAAACCAUCGACACAGCCAUCACAGCCAUCUGCACCACCAUCACCACCACCAUGUGCACCAUCGCCAUCACCAUCCAACGUAUCAGCCAGCGAUGGGAGAUCGGUCUGAGGAGUGUCCUCACAGUACGCCUCAAACAACGGACAUUCAGUUCGAAUCGAGCGGCAAUGGUGGCGCCAUCACCGAUGAUGACACGCUUGAGAUGAACAUUCAGGAC